UGGGCAGUCUGACAAUCGAGGAUGUUAUGAGUCAUGCUCAGGUUGAUCACGCCAACACAGUCAUUCGGACACUUCCUGCCGGUGAGAAUACGAACCUUGCCAGGUAUCGGUACAUAGAGCAGGUUCAAUCAAGCCCGGAUGCGACACAGCGGGCUUGUUGGGUUGAGAUACGAGUAGACGACCAACAGCCCAUAUCUGCGGUGGGCUACCGCAUUCUAAAGCGAAGGCUGUAUUGGCUUGACGAGUGCCGGCAAACCCUACUCGAGCAUCAGCUACCUGAGCAGCCCCGAAAAUGUCAGCCCAACACACUGCACCAUGAUGAUACCGAGCUACGGCAUUGCGUAACUUUCCAGAAAGCGUAGGAAGUACGAGGGCUGAAGCCGGUUGAGCCCAAGGGGCCAGUCAAGGUCCGAUACAUCUUUGGGGACGACUCAGAGGCCUACCGUUUCUUCCACUUGGACCUUCACGGGAUGAGUCUGCGGUCAGAGUUCCAUGUGUACGCCAUUGAAUCACACUUCCAAGAGCUGGCGUUCAAGCUAUGCUUGAAACUGUGGCAAAAUCGAGGAGGCUCGCCACGCGGUACUUUCUCCUUUCCGGUUUCAGACAAGCAUUACGAGUUCAGUGUACAAUGGUUCCGCAGCCCGCUGAGAGUCGUCGACUAUAAGCUAAGGGAGGGGCGUCAGCGGCAUCCAGUCGUCCGGCUUGAUUUAGGAAGUCCUGCGGAGGGUGCGUCACCAGGGAGGCGUGAGGAGUCAUCCGUCCGGACGAGGCUGGGCCAAGCAACUCCGCCUUUGCGUGCCCUAUUCAAGCCGAAAAGCCGUCAGAGAUCAACUUCCUCAAUGGAAACGGUCAGCAGCGUGAGUACCACAGCCUCGCAGAACACCAUAAGCCUGGACACGCCAGAUCCGCCACCUAAGAUGGUCGAACGGGUGAAGUGCCUGAACGUAGAAUUUGCGAGCUUGUCAGAUGCCAAUCGGUUCAUUACCGACUUCGAUGCUGUGUGGAGGUCCGAUUCCGGGGCAGAAGCUGCCACCUCAGAUCAGACAAGGUCCAGAGACAGGAUAGGCCCUUCGAACGAUGCUCGAGGACCUUCCAGUCAAGGGCAAGAGCCUUUUGUCAGUGGUCAACGCCACUUGACCUCUGAUAACGGUCGGUCACCGUCUGUGCUUCCCAGCGAUAGAUCAGAAGGUCAAAGUCCUCCACAAAACGAUUCGAUACAGUGGGACUCUCCAUGGCAAUCGCCGACGUCACCUACCAGUCUGAGUGUUCUUUCAGCUUCCCCACCAAGUCCAUUCAUGAUACCGCAUCGGCUCGCCAGAAACAGUGGUCCGAGUGAACUGCCUUCGAUUCAGAUGCGUACCAACAGAACAGCGACUGACCUUGUGCCGCGUUCUGCCGUGGUAUCUCCAGAGGAGGAGGAGUUGUCCGCCUCUACAGCUGGCUGGCGAGAGCAAAACUCAGCGCGCUUGGAGGUAGUAGGCGAGCAGGACUCUGCAGGAACGCAAGACGCUGCGGACGACGACGAACUGCAUGCGUCGUCGAUCCCUACGGAAGAGCAAAGGCGCAACACAACGCAUGACCACUAUCGAUAAUCAUAUCGCACGGUAACGCCCGAGUGGGACAGAGACUUGACGACGAUGUAGACGCGGGGCUAUACAUGUACACAUAGGAGCACGAUAGGUAUCACUUGAAGUCGCGAAAGGCACGCCGAGCGGCCACUCCCGCCUCGAAAUUGGUCCGGACCGAGGUUCU